AUGGACUCUCCCAAGGAGCUAACCGUCCACUACCAUGGGACCGCGCAUAUAAUUCAAGUUCCCCCCUCAGCAACAUUACAAGACCUCUCCUCCGAGCUAGAGCGCGUCCUAAACAUCCCCAUCGAGAACCAAAAGCUCCUUAUAGCCCCAAAACCAGGAAUGCAAAAAGCACCUUUCCCACCAACUCUCCUCGACGCGAUUCUCCAAACCUCCUCCCCAAAGUUCAAGAUCACCCUCCUCGGCACCCCCGCCAAAGCAAUCGCCGAUCUCCACGAACAAUCCGCCAGCGAAAAGCGACGACAAGAGUCACGAGCCGCUGCACUAAACGCCGCAAGACGCAACAAACAAACACCGUCUUCCAGCCGUAGCGGCGGUAUCCACACCCUCUCAUCGUCAAGCAACAACUACACUUUCCAUCGUCUCCUCCCAUUAUCCUACCUUCCCAACCCAGACCGCUCCCUCGAUUUCCUCAAGCGCCUCCGCGACGACCCAGGCAUCCGCGCCGCAAUGACCAAACAUAAGUUCUCCGUACCGCUCUUGACAGAAAUGAACCCAGCGGAACACACGACGAGCGAGUCGCGGACGCUAGGUCUGAACCGGAAUAAAGGCGAGGUGAUUGAGUUGCGUCUGCGAACGGAUGCCUAUGACGGGUACCGUGAUUACCGUACUAUUCGGAAGACGCUGUGUCAUGAGCUUGCGCAUUGCGUAUUUGGGCCUCAUGACCGCGACUUCUGGGAUUUGACAUCGCAGAUCGAGAAGGAGGUUGACCGUGCGGAUUGGAAAUCUGGUGGGCAUCAGUUGUCUAAUCAGGAGUUUUAUAAUCCUGAUGAUUGGGAUAGCGUUCAGGGUGGGGAGGAGUUUGUUGAUGAGUGUGGGUGGACUGGUGGGGAGUUUGUCCUUGGUGGGUUGCAGGGCGACUCGCCUGGUGGCCGGGGUGGAGAUGGUGCUUCUGGUGGGACGCUGUCUCGUAGGGAAAUCAUGGCGCGGGCUGCGGAGGAGAGGAUGAAGAGGGAGAGUCAGACCGGGAAGCAAGAUGAUGCUAAGUGA